GGUUGACACUCGAUCAUUCUCGAAUCAUUCCAGUUUAAUUCCAGAAUGAUUGGAAUGAUGAGAAUGUUUUGCUCUAUAGUAUGAGUUUUUCAUAUUAGCGUGUAAACGUCAAAAAAUCAAAACAAAGCAAACAUGUUGUUUUCAUCACACACGUGUCUUCAAACGAUCCUGUGUUGGUUCCGUCGUCGAUUGCGGCCGUGACGGAAACUGUCUCAAGGUGGACCCGGUGGUGAACCAAUUCGGCGAGGACGCCCCGCCACGUACUGGCCAUACUCGGAGACCUCGAACGGUGACCGGGGAGAUGCGUCCGAUUGCUCUGGUGGGGAUGUUCCGCGGUGGAGAUGACCCUGGCCAGGACGGCAGUGUCACCGGCAAGAAACAGUUCGCGGACGCGGAAUCCGAACUAGCCGCAUGCUGCGCGGAACACGUUUCCGGCCGUGCUGCCGAUUGAAUGUCCGUCGGAGGAUUGCCGGGUGAACAAAUCUGUUGGCCGUGACGCGUGGCUCCAAGUUUAUGAAGUUCCAGGAGAAAACGAUCCAGGAGCAUAGCAAUCGAGUUCCCGUGGGACACAUUCCGCGCCUGUUGACCGUGAUGUGUCGCGGUGAAACGCAGUCGCGGUCUGAAUAAGUCCAAGGAUAGCGAGACGAGCAACGAACUGGCCGAAUUGGCCAAGGAUGACGCGAAUCGAGAGCAGUUUGACGCCUGAGAUUUACGGCCAUUUGGUCGUGAAGAAGGCGCUGCUGAUAGGAGAUCACGGUGUGGCCAAGGCGCAGAUGAUGGGCUACAUCGAUCAUGACUUGUCUGAACGCUCCUGUGUUGAUUCCAGCGUACGGCCGUUACAACUCACUCCUAGACAAUCCGGACCGCAACAUCUUCGUCUGGCCAAACACAUCACCUUCGUCCAUAGCUAUGGAAAGCUGCCGCUAUCGCGCAUCAAAUCUCUGGACAUGUCGCUGAUCCGCGGGUGGACAUUUCCAACAGACGGAAGGGCCUCCUACAUGUCAUCCUUGUCAACUUUGUCGGGCAGACAGAACCGGGUUAGGGUCAGCUAAGAUCAUAUCGCAGUUGUUUAUGGAUGGUCCCCAAGCGCAAAGUGGCAGUUAUUCCGCUGGGACUGUCCGAGUACAUUGUCAACGCAUACGAAGACAGAACAACUGCGACAUGAUCUUCGCUGACCCUUACCCGGUUCCGUCUGGCCGACGAAGUCGACACGGAUGACAUGUCUCGCUGAAAAAAACCGAGCAAAAAAGAGGAGUCCAAGAGCAGUCCGUACGCUACUUUAUAAAUGACUCAAAUUACGCCCGUACCAACAAAUCUUUCUUAAUUCACAGCAUCCAAAAUACGUCGGACAAGAUUUUUGCGCUGGUGCGGAGGUUGGCCGGGGCGAGCAAUACGGUCAAGGUCUCGGACGUGAUGGAACGCUGCACGACCAAAGGCUACAAGCCUGGCCAGGAGGAUCCUGCAUCAAGGAGUUAGAGGAUCUGAUCGUAUAGCAGGUCAACCAGACGCGAAUAAAAAUUAGCUUUAUCUAAACGAGAUUUGUGUGCGUGUUUUUAUACUUACACUCCAAUUUUUGUUCAAAAAGAUUUGUUUCUUUUAGCGAUUAAAUGCCUUUUUUGUACUCGCAUAUUUUUUCACCUGGAUUGAACUACAAAUCAUUCAAUAUCUAAAUUCUCCUCAGACUUUUUCAUCCAAGUGGUUCACGUUUUUCCUUGUUACAAUGUUGUAAAAGACUAGAUUAAGUUUUAUAGGCAGUAAAACUUGCAUUUGAAUAAAUUUUAUUUGUUUUUUUUAACCCUGUAACGCCCAGAGCUGUUCACUUAGCGUAAAAUAGUUAAUGGUAACAUUUUGGUACAAUAAUGCAGGAAAUAAACUACUUUGGCCCAAAUCAGUGCUCAAAAAUUGAACUUCUGAUCAUGGUCUAAUUGUUUCUACGUGAUGAGCUGCGACCUACACGGCGACAGCUUCCGGUCACGUUACUGUUAGUUGUGCGGAUGCGUUUGCGGCUGCUGACCCGCGAAAGCUUCAUUGCAUCAGUCCAUCAGUGCAGGGAGAAUACUCGACAGAACCUGGUAGUAAAGGGAAGGACCGGUACCAACGUCCGCCAGGUUGAUCGGCUACCUCGUCGACAGGUUCACGGACUGAAUGAAUUCUGCAAUCAUUGACGACCUGCCUGUUGGACUCCUGGAUUGCGGCGAUGAUGGACAGUUCAGCGGCAGCUGCACUCGAUAGAACUCGAGUCGCAUACGAGGUCCUUCUGGGUGCAACCAACGACGUCCGACCCAUAGCACAGUCAAAUGUCGUGGUUCAGGCCUUUCUCGCUAAAGCGGUACUCACUGUAAGGAACGUACACAAAUUAAAAGAACAUUCAUUAAUUUCAUAUGUAAUCAAGUCAACCUGCACGGCCUUCCGGUGCUCACCUGGUCCUUCCCUACAGCGGCGCCUUCUGUAGUAGGACGUGCCAAGUUACAGCCUCAUGAACGCGAUCCAAUUCCCGGCAAUGGCACCACCAUCCUGACCAAAGUCAUCUCCACCAUUUGUCAGCGGGACCUCCCAACUAGAACCAGCGGACGCAUCUCCCCGGUCACCGCUUCGGUAUGUCGGAACACGACCAUCACGUGUCUAAGAAGGUCCUCGCCGGACCGGUUCACCGCGAGACAGUCCUCCGCCAGGGCCACCUCCAAGUGAAGUCGAGACAGUGAUUGUGAUGGUGGCGGCCGCGACAACCUUAUCCACCCUGCUCGUUGCUGGAUUUUCUCCAAAACUUACUCCUCCACCGACCAGCUCCGCGAAGUACACCUCCUCGUUGGGUAACACCUCCGCAAGGGCAUCUGCUUGCCACAAACGACGACGGAACACACGACGCAUGAUGAACAGGUUGAUCGAAUUUGAUUUCGAAAACAUGUUUACUUUUUCCUCCAAGAAAAUGACAGCUUCAGGUUGCUAACACGCAAAAACAAAAUCAAGUAGAAACGGAAUAAUCACGUUUAUGCCGGCAUCAUUCCAGAAUAAUUCUGGAAUGAACAGAAUGAUUCGAAUGAAAAUAUUCGAUGUGUCAACC